AUGCCCAUCUCAAGACCAACAACACAUUCCAAAUCUCGAAACGGCUGUCUUCGAUGUAAAGCCAAGAAAACGAAAUGCGAUGAGAGAAAACCCUCGUGCGCGCGGUGUCAAGAUCGAGGGUUUCAGUGUCCUGGAUAUGCGCUUGAUGUGCGAUGGUCACAUAAGCAUCAGGUCCGCGCGGAUAGGGCUGCAUCCAGAGAUUCAGCUAGGAAUAUGAACAUGACUUUCAGCGAGAUGGAGACUGAGGCAGUGUCGCAGAAUAACCCUCCCGGCGAUAAUGUCAACGUUCAGCUGUUGGAUUCGGAGCCGUGGCUGGCAUCACCAUCGCAAUGGAGUCUCUUGAUGCCGCAGGAGUUGUUUGCCCUCAAUGACGCUCCUGCCAACACAUUUCUUCUCAAUCAGCAGCCGAGCUUGUUUGAAUCGGACCUCAUAGGCACGGCUUGGACUGUGGACAAUGAAAGUUCAUCCUCGCCUUCGGACAGCGUGGAAAAUCCACCGGUGGCAAGUACAUCGCCAGCAGGACAUGAGAAUGAACAACAAGUCAGACAGAAUGAAUCCCCUCGGCCUUGCCAGCUUGACAACAUGAGUAACAACGCGGGCCUGUCGGAACUUGUUAUUUCCAACGGUUUUUCUGUGUUUCCAAAUGCGCCAAAAGAGAUCCAUCACCUGCCUACAGCCCUGUCUGAAUACUUCUUCCGCGAGGUCAUCACUCUCUACUGCCUCUGGGAUAGCAAAUCCAACGUGAUGCGCAACAUUGUCGAGACCAUGUGGCAAUCCUCUGGCGCUCUCCAUCACACCAUUCAGAGCAUGGCCGCAGCCUGCCUAUGCGAAGACUUUCCGCACCUACGGCCCGUUGCUCGCAGCGAACACACCCAAGCCCUCGAGCAUAUCCACAAGAAUUCAUCAUUGUCUACCUACAAGGACGCUAUGCUGCUCGCAGCAACUCUCCUCGGGCACACUUCAAGCUGGCUGAACCCGCAGAACUUGGCCACGGACAUGUUCAGGGCAAGCUGCGGCAUGCUGAACGACAUCGUCACAGAGCCGGCAAGAGAGGACCAGUGCCUUUCGUUUUUCAGCGGCACAAUGGACUACUGGGCCAUGUUACUUGCCUAUCUAACAGACAGCAACCAGCUAGGCGACUACCGUCGACAUUCGUCAGUCGGCCCUGCAGAGGCUUCCAGGACUUCCGAGCCCCAUCCGUACUCGGGCAUAUCUCACGACAUGGUCCGGGUAUUGACCGACAUAGGCAUCUUAAUCUUUCAAUACCGAAAACACAUGUUAACCGUCAAAUUCAUGUCCGAAAACGACCUAGACAUCUUCAAAAAUGCUCUACGUGAAGCCCGGCGACUGGAGCGCUUGCUCCUCGCCCACCGCUCACCACAACUAUCUCAAUUCAAAGACCCGGGUGACCCCAAAACACCCCUAAAGCACCUCGAACUCAUAGACGAAGCAUACAGAUGCACCGGACUGCUCCAACUAUACCGAGUCUUUCCCGACCUUCUCAACGAGCGCUACGCUCCCUGGGACAAGGACCACCUGCUCCGGCCGUUGCCCUCCGCCAAGCCGCCCACAGCGGAACACAACUGUGGUUAA